CAGGACAAUCGAAGAGUCGUAAAAAAAUCAGCUGCAGAUCAAGUAACUGACGGUGCCCACGUGAACAGGAUCGAAUAUGUUUCUCUAUACAUAUUUGUCACCUAGCUGAGAUCUUAUCGAAUGCGCCCGACUCGCGAGGAAACAGAAAUUUCAAGUAAUGGAUACAAAUGCGUUAAGAGUGCUGAAACUUUUUGCGGUCGGAAUUUUAGUGAACAGUGUGGUGACAAACGGACUGUCAGCGACAGAGAGCCUGGAGACGGCCUUCACGCAAAGGCCUAGAGAGAUGGUGUGUAACGAGACCAUACUGCUGCUGGAGAUGGAGGGGUGUGGGGAUCACUUUAAGACUGACAUGGCCUCCGUGGACCCCAGACACUGGUGCAACCUAACACACUUCAUCAAGGAAUACAACUCUUUCUCAGACUGUACGGAGAGAAACGCCAUGGAUGUGGGUUGCUUCUGGCCCAACCCGUUGGUGGAGAGUUACAUCAUACGCAUUCACAAGCAGUUUUUCUCGAACUGCACCCUGGAGCGUGUGGUCUUGGUUGACCCUCCCGAGGACACCCUUACCAUCCUCAUCCUCAUCCCGGUUUUACUUACCCUGGCCAUGAUCGCCCUGGUGGUGUGGUGUAGCAAACGCAGUGACACUUUUUCAUAGUGCCUGUUGGGUGAGAGCUAAAGCAGACAAACAGAUGGACAGCCUGAGUUUCUAUAGGAAUCACUCUGUUAAGGAGCCUCAUUGUGAACACAUGCUUUUUUUUUGUUUUUUUAAUGAUAACUCAGUUUAGGGUAUGAUAAGAUGAAGAGACAGAAAAGGAAGAUUUUACAAGGAUAAGC